UCCAAGAUGGUGCAUGGAAUUAUGAAGAAAUUACUCGAAGAUGUGUUUAUUUAUAUACUUUUGAAGCUUCCGGUAAAAUCUAUUAUGCGAUUCAAAUGUAUUUCUAAAACGUGGUACAUUCUCAUGCAAUCCUCCACAUUCAUUAACCUUCAUCUCAAUCGUUCAACAAAGGCAAAAGACGAACUCAUUCUCUUCAAGCGUUCUUUUCAAGAAGAUCCCUUCCAACAUAAAACUAUCUUGUCUUUUCUUUUCGGUGUUGAUGAUGGUUAUCUUUAUCCUGUUUCACCAGAUCUGGAUGUGCCAUACCUGGAAUCCACUUUUAGCAGCACUUAUGAUCAAUUUAUUGGACCUUGCCAAGGUUUGAUAGCUUUGAUAAAUAUCGUUGACACUGUCUUAUUCAAUCCAGCUACUAGAAAUUAUAGGUUGGUACCACCUUGUCCUUUUGGAGUUCCACAAGGUUUUCGUCGUUAUGUUGAUGGUGUUGGGUUUGGCUUCGACUCUAUUGCGAAUGACUACAAGGUUAUUCGAAUUUCCGAAGUUUACAAUGAUCCUCCUUACAGGGAUCCAUUUACGAGGGAAGUGAAAGUUGAGGUUUAUGAUAUGAGCACUGAUUCUUGGAGAGAAAUGGAGCAUGUUAAUCAAGAAAUGCCCAGGGUUUAUUGGGCGCCUUGUUCUCUAGUAUUUUACAACAGUGCUUGUCAUUGGCUUGCUAUUGCACCCAAAGACAAAAUGACAAUUCUUUGUUUUGAUAUGAGCACAGAGACUUUUAACAAUAUUAAUAUGCCAAAUACCUGCAAUUCCUACAACGGCCCGUGCUAUGGCCUAGUGGUCUUAGACGAGUCUAUAACAAUGAUUCGUUACCCUAACACAAAUCCUGAGUAUGAUGCCGCACAAGAUUUAAUGCAGAUAUGGAUAAUGAAAAGGUACGGUGUAUACGAGUCUUGGAUCAAGAAAUACACAAUUAGACCUCUUCCUAUUGAAUCCCCAUUAGCAAUUUGGAAGGAUCGUAUGAUGCUUUUGCAAAGCAGAAAAUGUUUUUUGAUUUCCUAUGAUCCUAAGUUUGAUAAAGUCAAGGAAUUAUAUUUACAUGGUUGUCCUAGAAGCUUGAGAGCCAUAAGUUACAGAGAAAGCUUGAUACAAAUUCCAUGUGGAAGCGAGAACAGUACACAAGUUCAAAAAUUUUAG